AUGGCUGCACACGAGCGGCGAUGCAGAGCUCUUGCUCUGAUGCUGCUCUUGUGCGCCCCUGGCAUGGUUUUCUCCACCGGCGUAGUGGAGCCGCCUCCUCCAGGAUCGCAACACGCUCCAGGAGUCAAGCUGGGCUCGAUGCGUUUUGACCCGCCCGAACUAGAGUUCUCUGAUGAGUUGACGUGUGUUCCUCAUCACUCGCAAGUUCGCAUCUAUUGCGAUGGCUGCCAUGCCAUAAUUUCAGUAGAUUCUGUCACUUCUGACAUGGACGCGGUCUAUCCGGCGCUGGUGCCAAAGACCGGAAAGCAGACCAAAAAGAAAGGAAAAUCGCCGACCAUCGGCGUCAUGUAUGUUAUGUUCCUGGCCACUCAGCCGGGGGAAGUGAGAGGGCGAAUCUCUGUGAAGACCAGUGCAGGCUUAGUGCACUAUCCGGUGCAGGGCUACUCCGCCCCCAAUCCAUACAAAGCUGAAGCGAUUCACAACUUGAAGGUUGGGGCCGGCGAGCUUGUGCACCAUCCGCUGUCGAUCUUCAAUCCCUGGAAAGAGACUUUGCAGAUCAGCCAGGUAUCCACGAACGAGUCCUUUAUUCAGCUGCUGGCACCUGAUGAACUUCGUCAGAUUGGCCACAAGAGCAGCCCGACGGGCAGCGGCUCCAUUUUAGCCGAGCUUGCCGGUAGCGACUGGACAAUUCCGCCAGAGGAGCAACGCGUGGUGGGCUAUGCGAAGUUCGCAUUGCAGCAAGGCCACUACCAAGGCUUCAUCGAAAUGAAGAUGGACUCGGAAGUGCCACGCAUUGUGGUGCCUGUGACCCUGGGGGUUGUCAGAUCGUCAGGUAUCAAGAUAUCGCCUGACAUAGUCGACUUCCAGACCUUGGUUUCCUCGAUCCAAGCUAGAUCUAUUUGGCUUUCUGUGACGAACCUGAACCCGCAGCCUAUUCAACUGCUGUCUCUGUUCGAUCCGACGCAGAAUCCGAACCUGCAAAUUUCCGGCUUCGACCACAAGAAAGGCAUUAGUGUGGCUUCUGGAUCACAAGUGCGCUUCGCCAAAGUGACUUACCAUGGCUCCAGAGAAGGACAAGUUCAGGGCAAGCUCCAGCUCAUCGUCAACGAUACAGAUGCGGUUUCGGCAACCAUGGACGUGCCUUACAAAGCCAACGUGUUAUAUGGCUCCUUAGGUUUCAUGAACGACAAGACCAAGUUUCUGUCUACACCAGGAAGAGUCACAUCCACGAUGCGGGCAAUCAUGGUUUCCAACAAUUUUUCCGUUCCAAUUCAAAUCAAGUCUGCGAAGAUUGAGGAUCCCAGCUUCAAAAUUUCUCAUUUCCAAGCAGAUAUUGUCUUGCAGCCGGGGGAGGCGACGUCCCUCAUGCACCUGGAGUAUACCUCCAAUGGAACUAGUAUUCUCUGCACAAGAGACUUGGAGUUGGCUACAAACGUAACGGCCAUGAAGAUCCCCUUGCAAGUCUACCACGGCAAGCUGCACUGCCAGGUAGAGCUUGGCGAGGUGCAGGAGUGUGGUAUGGCGGCAAGCAGCCUCGACUUGGACAUGGGCCUCUUGAGCGUCUCAGAGGUCCGACGAUCCCGAAUCAACAUCUCGAACCCCAAUCCGGUCAAUGUGACCAUCGAGAGCUUCAGCUUCAGCCAUCCUAGCAUCAGCCUCCACAUGGACGGCAUCUACACCCCUGAGGGACAGCAGGUGCGAUCAUCGAGGCCGAUACCCAGGCAGUCUCACACCAAAAAGGUGCUGACACUGCAAGCUGGUCAUCGCUUAGCCUUGGCUCUUGAAGUGCUAGCGCAGGAGCCAACGACUGCGAGUGCACCGCCAGUGAACGCCAGUGUAACCUUGGUUACCAAGCGUGGCGAGAAGAUCGUCUUGCGCAUGAGGUACGAGAGUGUCCUGGGCAGCCUCAGUUUCUCACCUGCCAGCCUACGCUUCGAAGCGUCGUUUCCGGGGCAGGUGCAGAGUCGCGUCGUUGCAGCCCGGUCUACCUUCGAGCAGCCGCUGCAGCUCAAUGCAGUUCGUUCCACCGACAGCCGGAUCACUCCAGAGCUCCUGACCAAGACUUUGAAACCUUUGGCUCGGACCGAGGUUGUACGGGUCUACUACGAUCCGGCAAAGGCAGCUUCGCUUGGGCCGCCACACGGUGCAGCAUCAGCCGAGGACGCCUCGCGUGGAGCGUUGGCCGCUUCAGUUUCGGGCGAAGCUGUUUCGUGGAAUCACCCAUUGACACUGGAUUUUCUGGAAAAGUGGAUGGCCCGCCAGAAGUCAGUCACAAACUCCAAUGGUAGAGGCACUUCAGAGAUCGAAGCCACCCUAAUAUUCGAUACGAACAUAGUUGCUGGAGCCACCUUGACUGUACAGGCAUCUCUGAUGCAAGCGCACUCACUGUUUGAGCCACUGUUGUCCUUCGACCUGACUCAAGUGGGUGCUUCCAAGACUCGCUGGUUGCUGGUUCAGAACCCAUCGGAGUCCCCUCUCGCUCUGCAGCUCGUGUUCCCCGUUUGCUCUGCCACGAAGUCUCGUGGAAGUGGAGACAACCACACGCAGACCUCUACAACAUCGCUGGCGCAGGAAGGCUCUUCCCUGGCUGCGGACUGCGCUGGUGGCAGGGCCUUCCGCCUUGGAGCCGAGAGCGACGGAAAGGUUUGGCACGUGGAACCUCUCGGUGAAGCCUCCGUUGGUCCCAUAAUAUUCGAGCCCUUCCAGCAUGCGCAGUACCGGACCACACUGUAUGUGAGAAACAAUCUCACGACGCUGCAUCAAGUGGAGCUCGUUGGACAUGGCGGCUCGAGCCGCCUCGUCUUUCCCGAAGGGGUCUUGGAAUUCAACCUGACCACUGCAGAUUUCGGGGCAGAAGACGACGCAGGCGCUUUCCAAAGCUUUGGGGGCCUUGCAGCCGCGAGAAGAAACCAGUCAGACAGCAACUUCUCGGAUGUGGGAAGUAGCGAUCCUGCAUGGCUGUCCUGGUUAACAGCCUCGAAUGGAAGCCACGGAGCAGGCUUUGGAUCGGAUGCAGAUGGCAUGGGGUCCCAGCCUUCCUGGUGGCGCCAACAUCGCCGCGUCGCCGUGACCAGAAGUCUCAUGGCCACGAAUGACUGCGAGCUUCCAGUCGAGGUGGCAGAGGUGAACAUCGGCGGCGUUCCUGGUUGCAGUGCUUUCGGCUUCGAGGUUCUCGAUUGCCGGCUGCCCUUCACAGUGGCUCCACAUGAAAGUGUGGCAGUCUCCGUCUCCUUCACUCCAGAGGUCGUGGCCUCUCGAUGGGCUCGGAAUCUUCGCUUCCUCAGCUCAUCGGGUAGACCUGUGCUGCAGGUUCCGCUCCGAGUGAACCUGUCCCCGGAGCUACUGCCCAUGCUUAGCGACUUGCCGACGUCACUUCAAAUUCUGGGGGACCAGACAGAGGCAUCUCUUAGAAGGGCUGUCGUCGGCACAGCAUUUGCGGUGCUGAUUCUGAUGCUCGUAGUUGUGGCCAUGGAUGGCUUCCGGGCGCUACGGUCGCCAUCCGCAGGACAGCUGAAUAGCAAGUUGUUCAAUGGAGCGGGUAGCACGGAUACCCACACUUCGACCGCGGCCAGAGUCGGUGACGUUGUCUCCAUGCUUUCUUGGACAAGUGUGGAUGCCUUUGCGGGUGUCGAGGACAAGGAACCGGUGCAACGAGUCCAGCUUCAGGAAGAGCCGUCGACGGCACAGCAGGCGUCCCAACGGGCUCAGCACCCGCAGCCGGAAGUAUCCCAGCAAGACCAGUUGAAGGAGCAGCAGCAGCAGUUGCAGGCGCAGCUCCAGCAACUCCAGCAACUCCAAGCUCAGCAUCUCGGGCGUUCGGAGGCACGGGAAGCUUCAGGUUCGCAGGAGACCGCGGCGCCACCGAAAGCAGCCGCAAAGACUUCGCAGUCGCAGGCAAAAGCACAGACAGCCCAAGCCCAGACCCCAAAGAACCAGCCGCAGUCUCAAGCUGCUCCCGCUCAAGCCAAGCAGCCGGCGAAGCAAAAGGAAGGAAAGGGACAGCCAAAGGAGAGCGCCCCGGCUCCCAGCGCGCCUGCCAAGAGCUCAGCUCCUAGCCAUCCUAGUCCCCCUCCGAAGGCUCCGUCGCCAGCAACUGGGCAGCCUGCAACAGCGAACAGUGACAGACGCCCUUCUCAGCCGCAGCCAGCUCAGAAAACGGAGGAGCCAAAGCCCAAGAAGAAGGCCGAGAAGCAUGAGACAGAGCAGUCACCACACCAAGCCAAAGUGCCCCAACCACCUCAGACGCAAGCCCCUCCAGCACCGGCCCAAGCACAAGCCAUCGCGGCCCGGCGCCGCGAUGAGGAGCGUGCAGAGGAGCGCCGGCGGGAGGAGGAGACAAGAAGGGAGAACCAGAAGCGCGCCCAGGAAGAAGCCGCGAAGAAGAAGGAGAAGGAGAAAGACAGGGAAAAGGAGAGAGAGCUUAAGGAACACAAGGAUUCCAAGGCGAGGCGCUCUGAACAGCAAGAGAGAGUCUCUGCAACAAAAGCUCCGCCCAGCCAACCUCCAAUGGUGCCCCCCCCUCCAGCGAAGGCCCCGCCUCAAGCACAGCCGUCACAACUGCCCACGCAACCCCCGACGCUCCCGCCGGCAGCACCACCUAUGCAGACCCAGCCAGUGCCACCAACCACUGUACCCCUGAAUUCUGUGAAUUCCGUUUGGAUGGACAACAAGUCUCCAAGUGAUUUCAUGAGUCAACCCAGUGGCAUGUUACAGGAAGAAACGAGUUCCAUGCCACUUCCUCCACCACCUUCCAUUCCACCACCACCAGCACCAAGCAAGGCAGCUCCCAUCAAGCCAAAGGCCAUUAGUCCCAUGAGCCCCGCACCAGCACAGGACAUGGGCGAAAGAGGCGCUGUGCGAGCGCCUCCGGGCAUUGACUUGGGACUUCUCCUGACAGGCCCCGCUCCAGGCCUCUCCCCACAACCCGUCCGGCCUCCACCCGGCAUUGCCCCCUACGCCCCUGAUCCCGGCAGCUUGGCUCCAGCAGAGGCAGCAGCAGUCUCAGCGGUGCAGGGGCUCGGGACGGACAGCUUCUUUGGCGCACCCGGGCUGGACUUUGGCAAUUUGGGUGCCAUUGGCCUACCACCAGGCAUCGGCCCGGGCAUGCCAGGGCCAAAACAGCCUCAGGGGCUCCAGCAGCCGGGCUCUUCAAGUUCGGGGAUGCAGGACUUCUUCGAUUCUUCAUUGGAUCGCCUGGGCAUGUUCAACGAGCCUGGAGCGAACUCCUCUCUUUUCUCUUCACCCUUCGGCAUGUUUGGCCCAAUUGGAGGUUACGGCGAAAGGACCUCGUCCGACGGCAACGACUUCUUGUCAGACCUGCGAUCGGACUCAAGGCGGAUGGACGGCUGA